AUGUUUUCACAUAAACUUACCAACUUCUCUUCUCUUCUUUGGCUUCCAUUGCUUUUGAUCCUACUGAGCAAUGCUGAAGUUAAUGGUGUUGAGCAAAAGAACUUUUACAUUGUUUUCUUAAGAGAUCAUCCUCAUAUUAGAGACAAUGCACAUGAGGCACAUUUAAAUGUUCUAUCAACUGUUAAAGAAAGCCACAUUGAAGCCAAAGAAUCCUUGGUAUAUAGCUACACAAAGAGUUUUAAUGCAUUUGCUGCUAAACUUUCUGAGGGUGAAGCCAAAAAGUUAUCUGCCAAGGAUGAAGUGCUUUCAGUGUUUCCAAAUCGGUAUCACAAACUGCACACAACAAGAUCAUGGGACUUCAUUGGUUUGCCUUUGACUGCUAAAAGAAAAUUGCAGUCAGAGAGUGACACCAUUGUAGGGCUUUUGGACACAGGGGUUACUCCAGAGUUUCAAAGCUUCAAGGACAAUGGACUUGGUCCUCCACCAGCUAAAUGGAAAGGAACUUGUGAUCACUAUGCUAAUUUCUCAGGCUGCAAUAACAAGCUUAUAGGAGCAAGAUACUUCAAGCUUGAUAAAAUGGAAGAUCCAGAAGAUAUAUUGUCUCCCAUAGAUGUUAAUGGGCAUGGAACUCACACUUCUUCAACAGCAGCAGGAAGUCUUGUCCCUAAAGCAAGUCUCUUGGGCUUGGCCGAAGGAACUGCUCGCGGCGCAGUUCCAUUGGCCAGGCUGGCCAUUUACAAGGUCUGCUGGCAGAGCAGUGGAUGUGCUGACAUGGACUUGUUAGCUGCAUUUGAAGCAGCUAUCCAUGAUGGUGUGGAUGUCAUAUCAAUUUCAAUAGGUGGAGGGGACACAAAUUAUUUGAAGGACUCCAUUGCAAUUGGAGCAUUUCAUGCCAUGAGGAAUGGCAUAAUAACUGUGGCCUCGGCCGGAAAUGAUGGCCCGGCUAUGGGGACUGUCACGAAUACUGCGCCGUGGAUUGUGACAGUUGCAGCUAGUGGCAUUGAUAGGGAGUUCAAAAGUACUAUAGAGUUGGGGAAUGGAAAGAAUGUUUCUGGGGCAGGAGUAACCACUUUUAGUCCAAAACAAAAAGAGUACCCUCUAAUCAAUGGGGUAGAUGCAGCCAAAAACUCUGAUAGCAAGGACAGUGCUAGCUUCUGUUUUGAAGACUCUUUAGACCCAAAAAAAGUGAAAGGAAAGAUUGUAUACUGCAAACAAGGAACUGGUGGAACUGAAGGUGUUAUCAAAGGGUAUGGAGGAAUUGGAACUAUACUUGAAAAUGAACAAUUCCCUGAAGUUGCCCAAAUUUUCAUGGCUCCUGCUACCAUUGUUAAUACUACCAUAGGUCAAAGUAUUACCACUUAUAUAAAGUCAACAAGAUCACCAUCAGCAGUGAUACUUAAGAGCCAUGAAGUAAAAAGACCAGCUCCAUUUACUGCUUCAUUUUCAUCAAGGGGUCCAAAUCCAGGUUCCAAAAACAUUCUCAAGCCUGAUAUAGCAGCACCUGGAGUUAACAUAUUGGCAUCUUAUACACUAAGGAGAUCAAUAACUGGUUUGAAAGGAGAUACUCAAUUCUCAGAAUUCACUCUAAUGUCAGGAACUUCCAUGUCAUGCCCUCAUGUUGCUGGAGUAGCAGCAUAUGUCAAGUCUUUUCACCCAGAUUGGACUCCUGCUGCUAUCAGAUCUGCCAUUAUUACCACAGCUAAACCUAUGAGCAAGAGAGUUGACAAGGAGGCCGAAUUCGCCUUCGGCGCUGGUCAAAUAAACCCAACCAAAGCCGUGAACCCUGGUCUAAUCUAUGACAUGGAUGACCUUGGUUACAUACAGUUCCUAUGCCAUGAGGGCUACAAUGGUUCCAAUUUAUCAGUACUAGUAGGACACACUAUAAAUUGCACCUCUUUGGUACCAGGACUUGGCCAUGAUGCUAUCAACUACCCUACAAUACAAUUCAAUGUGAAAAAAGACAAAGAAACAACCCUUGGUGUGUUUAGGAGAAGAGUGACCAAUGUUGGUCCUGUUCCAACAAUCUUCAAUGCAACCAUUACAGCUCCUAAGGGAGUUGAAAUUACAGUUAAGCCAACUAGCCUUGUUUUCUCAAAGGCUAUGCAACAAAGGAGCUUCAAGGUUGUGGUGAAAGCAAAAACAAUGGCAAGCAUGAAAGUUGUGUCUGGCUCUCUUGUUUGGAGAAGUCCACGUUACAUUGUUAGGAGCCCUAUUGUAAUCUAUAGUCCUUAAAGUUUGACAUUCUAAUUCCGUUUUAUGUGUACAUGUUAAAUCUGAAAUUGUCAAAUACAUUGUCUUGUGAAUAAUCAAAUGAAA